UGGCGGGCUGGAUGCAUUUAUGGGCAUCAUAUUGUUCAGAUAUAAACAGCCGCCACUCUCAUUUCCCAUGCUUCGCUUAAUAUAAACACGAUUCAUCCCAUGAUAAAUUCGCUUUUAUGGCGUAAUUUUUCGAAUUUCAUUUGAAUUUGAAUAAAUCCUAAGAACCAGUAACUGUAAUUUUUUUCCUCUUUUAUUGAAUUAAUGGCGAUGAAAUCGUGACGCUUUCUUAGAAGUUUCGAUUAAUUCCGUUUACUUGACUCUGAUACAGUUGCUUUGUUUCCUUCCAUAACACAAGAAACUGGAGAUUUCAGUUUGAUUCAAUGCCUGGUCUGUGAUAUCACUGCCAAAAAUGGGAAGGAAUGGAUCAUGAAGUUAGGGUUUAUGGUUUUGGGGAAGAAGUUGAAAAUUCGAUUUGAUAAAAGUAAUUCAAUUGUUGUGUGAAUCUGGAAGUUGCUGAUUACGAGUCCGGAAUUUCUUAUAGUGACUCAUGACAAGGAUUAGUCUGUGAAAUCUGUGUGUUUUUCUUCUUCUGCUUAAUUAGGAAGCAUUAAGUGCAUUGUUCUUGGUAGUAUGAGAGAAGGAGAAAGGGCUCAUGGGGCGUGACUCUAAGAAAAAGAAGGGUGGCUCUGGUAAGAAGGGAAAAGCUAGGGUUUCUCCAAAGGAUCACUCUAGAUUUGAGGAUGACCCUGAGCUUAUUGACGAGCUCACCGCACUGCAUGGUAUAUUCCAAGAGGACUUCAAACUUAUUUCAAGUACACGUGAGCCACAGUUUUCUAUAACCCUCAGGCCUUUCUUGACUGAUACAUCCUCUACCCAUAAUAAAAUUUCAGCUCAUCUUCUAGUGAGAUGCUUGCCUGGGUAUCCUUUCAAGUGUCCAAAGUUACAGAUUGUACCUGGGGAAGGUCUUUCAAAAGACAAUGCUGACCGUCUCCUUUCCUUGCUUAUUGAUCAGGCAAAUCACAAUGCUAGACAAGGGCGUGUAAUGAUCUUUAACCUUGCAGAGGCAGCUCAAGAGUUUCUGACAGAAGUUGCCUCGGUAGAACAAUCUCUUGAGUCGGCUUCAUCUUCUGCACCGGAUAAUUUGAAUCAAUCACUACGUCGUGAUGUGGAUGUCACUUGUGAUCAGCUUAACACUGUUGGGAAAUAUGUGGUCUAUGGUUUGAUAGAUCUCUUCGGAGGCCCUGAUGGGGAUGAUGGGUCCUGGGAUGGUCACAUUGGCUUGGACAAUUUACAUGAGGAUCUUGGCAAGACUUCAUCCACUCGUCCAAGUGAAAUCAUUCAUGGUGACAAAAUUGUAGAGAGGAGAGGAGAUUUCUCACAGUCGCGCGCUUUUGAUGCUUCAAGAAUAGGAAAUAUGAUAAACUGUGCCCAUCAAAGUACAACACAUUUUGAUAAAAAUCAAAGGACUUCUUUACCACCUGCUGUUGUGAGGUUGGACGUUCUUGAAGAAGAUAGUGAAGAGGACAGCAUAAGUAUCUCUUCUAAAGCUUCAGUCUCUGACCUAGAAUUGGAAACUGUUACAGAGGUUCAUAAUAGUCUACUUCCUGUGGAUUCGACUGUAAAGAAUUCUGCUAUUAAGCAAUCAGGGAAUUCUGAUUCCAGUGCUUCAGAAGAUGAUACAUCAGAUUCAUAUAUUUUAGUUACACAUAAUCAAACCCCUGAAGCCAUGGAAAAGAAUUUACUAAUGGUUCAUUUGCUUCGUCUCGUUUGCUCCUCCAAAGGAUUGGUGCCUCAUGAAUUGCCUGAAAUUGCAACCGAAUUGUACAAUUUAGGGAUUCUGUCAGAUUGGGCAAGCGACUUGGCAACCAAACCGCAGAUUGUCUUCGAGAGAACCUUUCGUCAUGUCUUCGAGAAGCAUAUGUUAUGUUCCCCUGUCUCUCAGUUUUGGAAAGCAUCUACGUAUCCUUCUGCAGAUAACUCCUUGUCUAGUGCGACUUCCCGUUACUUAAACGACUUCGAAGAAAUUUGUUCUCUUGGUCAUGGUGGUUUCGGUCAUGUUGCAUUGUGCAGAAACAAAUUAGAUGGGCGGCAAUAUGCUGUGAAAAGAAUCCGUCUCAAGGAUAAAAGCCCGUCAGUUAAUGAAAGAAUUUUAAGGGAGGUGGCAACACUAUCACGUUUGCAGCAUCAACAUGUUGUCCGGUACUAUCAGGCUUGGUUUGAGACAGGGAUUGGUAGUUAUUUGGGCGAAAUUACCAGGGGUUCCAUGACUAUAGGGUGCUCAAGUAGCAGUUUUCAGAUAACAGACUCGACUAAUGUUAUGGAACCAAUAGACAAACUAGAAUCCACUUAUUUAUAUAUACAAAUGGAGUACUGCCCUAGAACUCUACGCCAGGUCUUUGAUUCUUAUAAUGGUCUUUUUGACAAAGAGUCAACUUGGCACAUGUUCCGUCAAAUUGUAGAAGGCUUGGCACACAUACAUGGGCAAGGCAUCAUCCAUCGUGAUUUGACACCCAGCAACAUUUUCUUUGAUACUCGCAAUGAUAUAAAAAUUGGGGAUUUUGGCCUUGCCAAAUUUCUCAAGCUGGAGCAGGCGGAUCUUGACCCUUUGUUUCCUUCUGAGAAAAAUGGACUUUCAAUUGAAGGAACUGGUCAAAUGGGGACAUAUUUCUAUACUGCACCUGAAAUUGAGCAGGGGUGGCCUCAAAUCAAUGAAAAGGUAGAUAUGUAUAGCUUAGGAGUUGUAUUCUUUGAGCUUUGGCAUCCCUUCUCUACGGCCAUGGAAAGAAAUGUCAUUCUUUCGGAUCUGAAACAUAAGGGGACGCCACCUACUGACUGGGUUGCCAAAUAUCCAGAACAGUUCUCCUUAUUGCAGCGUUUAAUGUCCCCUAGUCCAUCUGAUCGUCCAUCUGCAGUAGAAAUUUUGCGAGACGCACUGCCUCCUCGUAUGGAAGAUGAGUGGCUAAAUGAUAUUUUGCGAACAAUACAGACUGCUGAAGACACAUAUGUGUAUGAUCGGGUUCUAUCUACGAUAUUUGAUGAUAUGCGACUUCUUGCCAAAGCCCAUAGACAUCAUGGUGAAAGGGGAAGUUUGAGAAGCGAUAGUUCUUACUUUAUUCAAAAUACAGAGUUAGAGCUCCAGGAUCAUAUUAUUGAUGUUGUCAAGGAUCUCUUUAAGCGUCAUGGGGCAAAAAGGGUGGAAGUGCUUCCUCUUUGUGUUUUGGAUGAGCCUCAAGAACACAAUUGGAAACCUGUCAGAUUGUUGACUUCUGGAGGAGAUAUGCUUGAGCUUUGUCACGAGUUGCGUAUGCCCUUUGUUCAUUGGAUUGUUGAAAAUCAGAAGACAUCUUUCAAAAGAUACGAAAUAUCAUGGGUUUAUAGAAGGGCAGUGGGCCCUUCUGCCCCAAAUCGUUACCUUCAGGGGGAUUUUGACAUUAUUGGAGGUGGGCCUGCAUUACCCGAGUCUGAAAUUAUUAAGAUUGCAAUGGAUGUUAUAGCCAAAUUCUUCCAUUCAGAUGCAUGUGAUAUACACUUGAAUCAUGCAAAGAUUUUUUAUGCCAUAUGGUCUUGGAUAGGAAUCAAGGGCGAGAAUAUAAGAAACGUGGCAAAGCUUAUAUCAAUGAUGGUUUCUUCAUGCCCACAGUCCUCUCGACGUAAGGCUACAUGGUCAUUAGUCCGACGACAACUUUUGCAGGGUCUUCAUCUCGCCGAAACUGUUUUGGACAGAUUACAUAUAGUAGACUUAAGGUUUUGUGGACCUGCAGAUGAAGUCCUUCCUAGACUAAGGGGAGCUCUUCCUCCAGAUAAGCCUACACAUGAUGCUCUUGAGGAAUUAUCAACACUUCUGAGCUAUUUGAGAGAGUGGAAAAUUCAAAAACAUGUUUAUAUUGAUGCCCUUAUGCCACCCCCAGAGAGUUAUCAUCGGAAGUUGUUCUUCCAGAUAUACUGGUGUAAAGAAAAUACUCAUGGAUCAACUUCUAAAGAAAUCCUUUUUGCUGUUGGUGGGCGUUAUGAUCAACUGAUUCAUCGGAUGUGGGGCCAUGAAUAUAAAUCAAGUCCUCCAGGCGCUGUUGGAGUCAGUAUUGCAUUGGAAAAGAUUUUGCAUCAUGGUUCAAUAGAGCGAACUGAAACCUGCUCGAAAGUUCUUGUUUGCUCAAGAGGUGGUGGUGGCUUGCUGGAAGAGCGCAUGGAAUUAGUUUCAGAAUUGUGGCAGGCGAACAUCAAGGCUGAUUUUGUCCCUACACCAGAUCCCAGCCUUACAGAGCAGUAUGAGUAUGCAUAUGAACAUGAUAUUAAGUGGCUGGUCAUUCUAACUGAAACUGGUUUGUCACAGACAGGAAAUGUGAAGGUGCGGCAUCUUGAACAUAAAAAGGACAUGGAGAUUAAGAAAGAGAUCUUAAUAAAGUUCUUAACAGAAGCAACUUCAGCACAAUCAUGGAGGAUCACGAUGCUGAAAGAUUGGAAUUGAGAUCGUCUUUUAUUUGCCCGCAAUUUUCAGGUUGGUUUCUAACUGACAUAUGCAUGUAGUGAGUGUAACCAAAACAUGUAGAUGUCCAAUAAUCCAUGCUGCAUCACCAUGGACUCAUUUGGCUCAUGCUUGGUCAGUUCCAUUGUUGGGUGACAGUAAGCGUACGUUGAAAUGGAAGAUGUGUUCCAUAUGUUUUUCAUAUUAAAAUAAAAGGUCAAGUUAUAUUUUCUAGUGGAAAUAUCAGGACAGUAACUGGCACACCUGUAUGUCAUGUUGGUCAUCCAGAAACUUGAGAUUUUAGCGUUUACUUGGAAGCCUUGAGGUUUUUAGACGAUUAUUUUGCCUCCAUGGUAACAAUAUUGUAUUAAAAUGUUUUAGAUAGGGGUAAAAUGGUCAAAUGCAAAAUUGAUUGGUCUAGGUACUAUUCUGAUAUUUCAAGUUUCUGGACCCCCUGUGUGAUCUUUGUGGAUGUUUCCAAUUAUUGUCCCAAUAAUUUCCAAAGUUUAGGUUGUUCUGAUAGUGUCAAGAAAUGUGGCAUAUGCUUUAACAUUUCAUGAAAGGGAUCGUAAGCACCACAGAUAAUUUGAAAUUACUUGUCUUAGCACACUUAAUUCUUUAAAUUUUUAUGUGAUAAGGAAUGCACAUCAGUAUUUCAAUGGUUAUAUUGUGGCUGUGAACAUAUCUGCCACAUAUUCUUGGUUGUCCUUGAAUACUGUGUUUUAUGGUCCAUUCUUGGAAGAAUUGGAUUCACAUUUUUCUGUCUAAUAUGUAAAAGGAAAAUGGGUGUUGUAGUUUUCCUUUUGAUGCUCCCUCCUAUUCCUGGAAAUCCAGACUACUUGGUGCCUAAAAUUCUCAAUUCUCAUAGAAGUAUACCAUCGUCCAUUGGAUGAUAGUCAUAUGAUGUAUGGUACUCAAGCCUGCAGCUUCAUUCCAUUCACAAAUGGUUGAAGCUCAACUGUACCCUGAUUAUUGUCCCUAUCGCCAGACUCUGAUAUAUGUCCAGUCAUUCAUCAGUGGGAAUGGACAGUGGAUGUGUCCUCCGAGUGCCAUACACCAUAGUCCAUUGGACAAUUGUUUACUUUCUCAAACAUGCUCCAUCAGAAAUUUGUACUUGGUGCCUCUCAUCUAUGACUUGAGAUUGUAAUCAUGGUGUUGUUUUUGUUACAGCAGUGUACAAAAUUGACAGAUUGUUCCUGAUUUCAUAUGAUGAGUUGAUCAUUCUUUUCCUCUUUGUAAUAUUGGCCCGUGUGCAGUUAGAAACUUAGUAUAUCAUUUCUCCAAUUAUGUCAUGGAGGAAGAAAGAUGUGAAUAAGAUAGCGACUUGAUAUCAUGAGAAUUGAGUUGAUGGGUAUUGAAUUGAGUUGAUGGGUAUCAAAUUGGGAUUCGUGGAGGGAAGAUGCAAAUAAAAUAGUAAUUCAAUAUGAAGAGUUGGAGUAGACGGACAUCUAAGUUUGUAGUCAGGAUCAUCAUACAAAUCUCUAGAGUAUAUAUUUGCUUCCCAUUUUCUGGGGAAGUGUUGGCUCUAGUUGUUUCUUGUACAGAAAUGGCUUCCCAUACAGCAAACAUAUACUGAAGUUCUUCCAUACAAGAGGGAACGUUGUAACGGCUAGGAACAGAACCCUUGAUGUCACGUUAUGGCUCCGCCACCCUUACCACCUAGGCCAAGGGUCCAUUCCUAUACAAGAGGGAUAAUUCAGAGGAUCAAUAAAGGGCUUUUCUAUACAAGGGCAUUCCUCAUUGACAAUGUAUACAGCGGAGACACUGCUGGAAUUAUGGUGAUCUGUGGAGAUAACAUGGCGAGAUGCUACUUGUAAUAGCCAUAUUUUUUGUAAUAGCAAUAUAUGGAGUCCAUUAGUUUGAAAUGUCUGUAGAAAUCCAGAAUACAGUCAUCAUUAUGUUCUCCAUUACUGCAAAAUUUCAAUAUUCAGUGGAACUAGUUCUCGUAUAUAAUCAGUGAGAAAAUAAAAAAAAUUAGUGUUUUAGAAGCUAUUGUGCGGAAAAGCUUGAAUGCACAUUGUUGUGUGCUAGUAUAUUGCUUUCUUUGAUGAACAAAUGUAUGUCCACGCAGGCUAUAGUGCGGCUUUGUACAAAAGAUGGGGACAACAAUGAGCAUCUUUUAAUGUCAUUCCAGAUUUUUCUUUCUAAA